AUGUCAGAUAAAUUUAGUAUUAAUGAAAUUUUGAGAUCAAAUUAUAAUACACAAAUUACAUUCACUGAUAUACAUAAAUCGAAUGAAAUAAUAUUACCUAUCACAACAAUUACAUCAUCUAUUUCAACGAAUCAUAAUCAUAAUUAUUCAAUGACAUCAUCAGAUCAUUCAUUGAAUUCAUCAACAUUCAAAGAGUUUCUAAUCGAUUCUAAUGUAAAACAAACAUUGGAAUCAUUAACACAUGAUAAUGAUAAAAAUAUUCAACACAUUUUAAAUUCCGCACAAUUUAAACGAUUUAUCAAUAUAUUAAAAUCAUUUAAAUAUUCAACUAUUAGUAAUCAAUUAUUGAAUGAAAUAAGAACAAAAUAUAUAGAAGAAUAUAAUAUAACAAAUCCUGUAAUUAUGAAAUAUUUAACACAUAUAUUUACUAAUAAUCCAAAUGUUAUCUUAAAUGAAUUAUCCAAAGAUAAUAUUAUUGAGCCAAGACGAAUUGGACAUCCUUAUCAGAGUAGAAUACCUAGAAAACGGAAAAAACCAAGAGCAUCAUUCACAAGAUAUCAAGUGACAACACUUGAAAAAAAGUUUCGUCAACAAAAGUACUUGGCUUCGACUGAGAGGAAUGAGCUAGCAAACCUGUUAAAAAUGACUGAUGUACAAGUGAAAACAUGGUUUCAAAAUCGUCGAACGAAAUGGAGGAGACAAACAAAUGAGGAACGUGAAACAGAAUGGAGGGCCACAGGACGUUUUUUAUUAAGUUUACAUUCUCAGCUGAAUUUACUUAAAGAAAACUUACAUAUGAGUAAUAGUCAAACAUUUUAUUCCACAGUGAGCGGUUAGACAUGUUCAAGAAUAACUAAAAUCAACUGAAAUAUGUAAACUAUUAGGCUGAUAUUCCUUGAAUUGAAUUUUUCCUUUAUCGUUUGGUCAUACACUCAUCUAACC